CACAGACACACGCACGCACUGACAAUGGAAAUUUGAUAAUAAUUAUCAUAAAAAAAAAAUUACAAUAAUUGUUAAUGUUACCAUCGUAGACCCUAUGGCUCAUACGAAUUGUGCGUAAAUUAUUGACUCGCCUGUGUUUGUAAAAUAUUGUAUGACUUAUGACUAACUCACCGAGACUACGUAUUUAUUGAUAAUAGAUAAACAUUGUGUACAGUAUCGUUGUUUUAUACUUAUUGAUACUGUUGUUCUAUGCUGGUUAGUUGUGUUCGAGUAUCGUUUUUGUCCGUCUCUGGCAGUGGAAGACGUCGUGUCCGAACUCCGAAUAGACUUUUGUACAAAUUCGUGGAAAAUCUUUAAAUCGUUUCUAAACCACGGUCGAAAAUACGAAAAAAAUGGACGUGGAAGACCUUUUAAACGAUGUUGUAUCCAUGGAUGACCUUAAGGUAAGUCAUUGGCGUUUUUUUUUACAAUAGUAUUUACUCCAGUCAGUUAACACCAGUCAAUCAACGUUCAACACAAUGAUUGAUUUUUUAACAUCUUAACCUCUUGAUUUUAUAGUAAAUCUCGUUUCUGUGUUUAAAAUUGGUUUUUCUUUGUUAUUAUAAGGAUUAUCAUACUGUGUUUGAAUUGAAGUAUAAAAUAUUUUACCAAGUAUUAAUAUUAAUUCACAAUAGGUGUAGUAUUUAAAUUAUAACUGUUUUGUUUUGAAAAUAAACAUUUUUUUUUUGUUUUUGUACUUUUUUCAAAAGUAUGCAAUUGUUUUGUAAAUGUUCUCUUGCUAUUUAAUAUAAAUAUUUACUAGUCAUUUAAUAUUUUAUUCAAAUAUUUUUAUUUCUAGAAAUUUGAAAAUGAAUAUCAUAAACAACUUACAACUGGAACUGUUUCUCAAGAAACAAAAUUUCAUUAUGCUUGGUGUUUGGUGAGAAGCAACUAUCCGGCAGACAUCAGGAAAGGACUUAUAUUAUUAGAACAAUUGGUUAAACACGAGGCAAGUGAUGAUGACGCUAAACGGAAUUAUCUUUAUUACUUAGCUUUGGGAAAUUCAAGAAUUAAAGUAAGUCUAAUUUUUAUUUAUAUUUAUUACAUUUUGACAUUAAUACAUUAUUACAUUCAAUUUAAAUGAAUCAAUGAAGCUAGACAUAUUUUAAAAUUUUUUUUUUUUUAUCUUAUCCUUAUUGAACUUGGAAAUGUAUAAUUUAUAAUUUUAUUAGAGUGAAUGCAUAAUCAUUUUAAUAAAUAAAAAUUAUUAAACUAUACUUAAAAAUAAGGUUGUGAGUUUGUAGGAAAGUGAAUUUUUUUUUAGCUGAUUGUGUAAUGUAGGUUUCUAAGUAUAUAAUUUGAAUUAUGUAAUAUAUUCUUUUAUAAAACUUUUAUUUUGAAUUUUUUAACAUUUUAAAUGGUUAAGGUCAUUUUUUGGACUUUUCAAUUAUAUAUUCCUUUUUAGUUCAUUUUCCAGUAUUUUUAUCUAAUUCCUUCAAUUUACAUCUUUACACACAUAAUUUUUAUUUUGCACAGACUGUAUAUACAUCAAAUUUAUAUUUUAUAAAAUAAUAUUUUACACAAGUUGUUUACAGGUUAGUAAAGAUAAAACAAGGCAAUGUUGCUUAGAUUAUUUAUUUGUGGGCUUGCAAUAUAUUGAUAUCAGUAAUAUAAAAAUUAAAUUAAAAACCCAUGCAUGUUUUGCCCAUUUUUAAGGUUUUUCAUUGCAUUAAAUUCACAGCCCUACUCAUUAGUUAUGAGUUUAUGAAAGAAUUUGAAUAAUUUUUUAUUAAUAUUUUACACACUUAUUUGUCUUAAUAUUUUAUACUAAAUUAUACAUAGGUAUUGUUAAUUUAAAAUUAUUGAAACUGUAUGUGUAAUAAAUAAAAUGUAAAAAUAUUAACUUAAAAUUGUAAAUUUUAUUGGUACUACUAGGUGAUUUUAAAAUGAUUGCAUUGUUAGGUUACUUAAAGUUAAGUCUNCGAAAACUCCAUUUCAAUACAAGGUCAUUCAAUUGAAAUAUUUUAUGGAAACUCUUAGUGUGAACGAACAAUUAUACAUAAAGCAUUGUAUUUAAAAGUAUUACACAAAUUAUAGUCCCUAUGUAUAAUUUUAUAAGAAAAAUCCUUGUUGUCAUUAGUAUAAUUAUCUUUUAGAUUGCAUAUUAAAGUAAAUAAAAUGUAAUUUUAAUGACCUGUUUAUAUACAUAUUUAAUAUGCUAUUAAAGCCAUGUUUUUAUUUGUUGUGAGAAUUAUAAUAUUUGUAUUAUGUUUGUUGAUCAACUUUUAUUUUUAUUAUAAAUUAUUUAUUAAUGGUAACUUAAGGUAAACUGCUGAUAGUAUAAUUUAAAACUAAAAGAUUUGAUACUGCUGGUGGAUGUGCAGUACAUCAUUGUUGUAUUUGAGAAGUUAGGAUACAUAAAGCCAUUUAAUUUAUUUCUGUAAACAAUGAUAAAUCAUUGUUAACAAUAUACGAUCCUGAGGGAAAUUCAGUUAAAUAUGUUUUCAAAUAAUUGUAACAUUUUUGUCAAAAUUUGAACUUAAAUUGUGAUUAAAUAAGUAACUUUAUUAGGCUCAACUUUUUUACCAGCAAGUACAAUGUAUGAGAGAUCUUAAAUUAAAUUUUCCAACAUAUUUGCUUGGCCAAAACAAUUUUAUACACGUAAAACCAAAAAAUAAACUAAACAUAUCAAAUAGCUCAAAAAUCACCAUUAAUGACCACAAAAUUUUCCGUUUUCUAUAAAUUUCCCCUUUGGAUUUUCUCAAUUAUUUGAGAAAACAAUUUUAAAAUUAAAAAAUAACCUCAUUUACAUCCAAAAAGCUCUCAUCAUUUUUUUGGAGCAAUAUUUCUGCCAGAGAAAAAAAUAAUCCUUUGCUCAACUCAAAAUCUAAAAUCAAUUUCUAUUGUUGAUUGUUUAAUUAUGGAAUUGGUUGUGUAUAUUUAUAAAUUAUUUUAAUUGUUUGAAUUCAAAAAUAUAAAUUUUUAUAUAAUUUUACAUAUUUCAGGAAUAUAGUAUAGCUUUGAGUUUUAUCAAAGGAUUUUUACAUUUGCAACCGGAAAAUAUGCAAGCAAAAAAUUUGAUGCUGAUUAUUCAAAAGAAAAUGGAAGCAGGUAUGUUUUACUAUUUUUUAGGUUUGAGAUAUUAUAUAGGUGUGCAUAUUCUUCUUCUCCUUUGCUUUCCCACCCACGUUCUAAAUUUCCUUGAAAUCCAAUCUCUCACCUUCUAUACACUAGCUGUCUUCAUAUCAUUCUCAAUCAUAUCCAUCUACCCCUUUCCUCUUACAUUUAUUUUCAUUAAAUUUCUGUUUUCCCGUAACAUGCCCAAAUCAUCUCAGCCUAUUUAAACUAAUUUUUUUAAGUUAAUUAAACAUUGUUGAACUAUUUCAGAUGCACAUAAAGGAAUGGCGAUCGCUGGAGCUCUGACAUUAGGUCUUAGCGCUGUUGUAGGUAUUGGGUUUGCAUUAACAAAAAACCUGAAAAAAUAAUUAUUCCACCAACUAAUCUCACUGAUUUAUAUUUUAUUCUUGUGUAUAUUCCAAACUGUUUAAUUAAGACUAAAAGUUAUACAAUUAUUGUAAUGAAAAUACCUCAAAAAAGAAAAAGUUUUUCUUAUAAUCGUGUAGUAUCAAGAGUAUUUUUACCAUACAAAAUAUUAAUAAUAUAAGGCAAAUCAUAAAAAGCUUAUUUUGCUUUCAUUUUAUUAAAAUAAGACAAGUAAUAUAUUCUGUUGGUUAUAUUAUUAUUUUUAUUAAUAGUAAAUCAGAAAUUAUACUUCUUUUAUUUUUAAAAAUUACUAUUUAAGUUAAAUACAUAUUCAAUGACUUAUUGAAGGUUAAAAUGUAUAACUGUACACCUGUACACCUAUACACAACACUCUUGUGAUAAUAAAAUACUAGACUGAUUAUUAUUUUAAUUUUAAAUUUUCGUUCAUUGAUCUCUUCUCAUACUUUCAAAAAUUAAAUUAAAUACGCCUUCAAAAGGACNAAUUAAGACUAAAAGUUAUACAAUUAUUGUAAUGAAAAUACCUCAAAAAAGAAAAAGUUUUUCUUAUAAUCAUGUAGUAUCAAGAGUGUUUUUACCAUACAAAAUAUUAAUAAUAUAAGGCAAAUCAGAAAAAGCUUAUUUUGCUUUCAUUUUAUUAAAAUAAGACAAGUAAUAUACUCAGUUGGUUAUAUUAUUAUUUUUAUUAAUAGUAAAUCAGAAAUUAUACUUCUUUUAGUACACCUAGUACUGUACACCUGUACACCUAUACACUGGAACACUAAGGCAUUAUUUUAUACAGCACAUUUUUUCAUAGUUCAUUUUAAUGAAUAAAGAACAACAUAAAGAGUUUAUCGCCGUAAAAUUAAUGUAAGACAUUUCAAUAACUGUAUCAUGUACGUUGACUAUACCAUGUGUUAUAAAUACUGCGCAAUAAGAAUUUUCUGCUGGUAUGCAGCAUAAUGAAUGAUGGACAACACUCUUGUGAUAAUAAAAUACCAGACUGAUUAUUAUUUUAAUUUUAAAUUUUCGUUCAUUGAUCUCUUCUCAUACUUUCAAAAAUUAAAUUAAAUACACCUUCAAAAGGACGUGUACUAUUUAAAGGAUUUACCAACAUCUUUUUCCCUUUUUUUUUUUUUUUUUGUAAUAAGUUAGUGGGUAACCAAAAAACACAUACAUAAUGAAUAAUACUUGUAAUGUAUAUUUUUCUUAAAUAGCAUACAUGUAGGUACUAUAAAAUAACGCCUGUUUGUUCCCAGUCAAGUUGUGAAUAUUUUGAGAUUAAAUAUAUAUUGAGCACUAAAUUUAAAAUUUUACAUUUAUUUUAAAAGUUUAAUUUAUUAAUACUUAUCAUUUGCAGUGUAUAUCUUAUUCAAAUUUAAGUAUGUUUUGUAUUAGUAUUUUAAAUAAAUUAUUUAUUUUUAAGGUAUGUAAAAUGUAUGAUGAAUAAUGAUUUAAAAAUAAAUAAUAAUCUUCCUUAUUGAAUUAUUGAUGUAUAAUCUUUUUAGAAAUUUUAUGGUGAAUCUAUGUUAUACACUAUACAGAUUAAUUCUUUUAUCGUAAUUUUUUAGUUAUUUACUUAGAGGAUUAAAAAUGAA